AUGUGCUCAUCCGGUUCUGAUCUCCAUACUUCGUUGGACGCUUUGCGAGCAGAGGCUGCAAUUCGUGGCAAAGAGUGGUUGCAAGCCGAACUGGAAGGGAAGGACACGGAUGAACUCCGAAAGCUCAGCUCGGAAGAGGCUCCACCGAAGGCACCGCACCAAAUCUGGCAAUCCCUGUGCGAUGAUGUGGAAGUGAAAGGCCAGGAGUGGUUGCAGAAGGAGUUGGAAGGAAUGGACGCGAAUGAAUUGCGGACGCUAUGUGUAACCGCUGAGCAACUGAAACUGGAGGCGGUACAGCAAGGCCCCAAUGCACGGGCGUGGCUUCGUCGCAAAUUGAACACUUUCUCGGCCAAGGUAGCCAAGGAUUCAGUGGACGGCCGAAGCCCGCUGGCGGCGCUGGGUGCUGAAGUCGGUGUGGAAGACUGUCUGUCUAAGAAGGCGCUGAUCGAGCGCAUGAUCGCCGUCUUGCUGCCAGAAGAAUCAUUGGACAGCAGCGCCGCGGUGCAGCGGCAUGCUUGGCGAUUGCUUCGGUCCUGUCUUGGAAGACAAGCAGCAGGCGAGCAAAUCGAUGCCGAUUUCUUGAGCACAGAGGUUUUUACGCAGUUGGCAGACUUUGGAAAUGGCAUCAAGGUGAACCAUUUUGUCACCAACGACAUCCAAACUAGGCAGUACAGAUCACCUGAGGAAUACGGCCGUGACGUGCCGUGA